GCUAUACAAUUGUGUUUAUUUCUCUACUUUCAGGAAAUAACAAAAUAAACAACCAUGUAAUUAAAUGGUACUUAAUGCUACUGUAUUUUGGCGUGGUUAAGAUCAUUUAUACUGUGUCUGUUAAUUGUACUCUUUUUCGAUCAUUCAUUAUAAGCAUAUUUUAUAACGAAAAGACUAAGGAAUUUUUAAAUUUUGAACACCUUAUUAUUGCAUUGCUAAAAUGUUGCCCUCCCAGUUGAAAGUGUUUCCAGUAAUAGCAGUUGUUAAGUGAGAAUACUGCCUACUCUUAGCUAUCAUGGAAUCUAUUUUAUGCAGGGAUGAAACUAAUAACUCUGCGAUGAUGAAUGGAGAUGAAAUUUUAGAUAUCCUUCUGGAGGAUCCUCUUAUGAAGGAUUUCAAUAGUUUAAUGGAUGAGGGAUUGAUAACUGACAUUGGACAGUUAGAUACUUUUCCUCAGUGUUAUGGAAAUGAUAAUACUCCUGACUUUUGGAAUUCAUUCCUGAAAGACAUUGAAAGAGAAAAGUUCCCUGUUACUGAAAUUCCCAGUUCUAGUGAAAAUCGUGACACUGACUCCACUUCUCGCUUCAGUGAUAGUGCAUCACCCCAAAGUGUCUCCUCGGGAAGUGAUAACAUGGAAUCUUCGAUUCUAAUGGAGCCGUUCAUUUCAAACUUUAAAAAACAGUCUGAUCAUGAUCUGUACUCUGUGCCUCAAGUAUAUUGUGACAAUAGUAUAUCAGGCUCUCACCAAACAGCUAUUGAGAUUGGGGCUGAUGUAAUUGUAGAAACAUCUGAACAUUCUCAGUUAGAUGAUUCUAAUCAUUCAACCAUAAUCACACUGCCUUUGCCACAAAUCACAAAAUCAUCCACGAAAUCUGGAAGGAAGCGAAAGUGUGAAGAUGAUGAUGACUUAAGUCUUUUCAGCACAAUUCCAGAUUUACAUUUAACUGAAGAUGAAAUGAAACUGAUUAAGAAAGAAGGCUUACACAUUCCUACUCAUCUCCCACUCACAAAGGCUGAAGAAAAAGAGCUGAAAAGAAUUCGCAGAAAAAUAAGAAAUAAGCAUUCAGCUCAAGAAAGCCGCAAACGGAAAAAAGAAUAUGUGGAUGGCUUAGAAAAUAGAGUUAAAAUUUGUACAACAGAAAAUAUGCGGUUGCAGAAAAAAGUGCAAGUGUUAGAAAACCAACAAAAAGGUUUGUUGGAUCAAAUUAAACAUUUGCAAUCAGUCAUUGCUGGAAGUUCUACAAAACAAGUUCCAACUAGCACAUGUUUUAUGAUACUGUUAGCAUCAUUUUUCUUAUUUCUUCUACCAAGUCUUUUUCCUACAACCAACUAUGAGCACAAAGGCUUGGUUUCUAACAGUAAAACUCAAGAUACUGCACCUGUUGCAGGCCGUGUCUUAUUAUCUGCUAAAGAAGUAGAUUCUGGUCAGAUAGACAAAGGCAUUUCAGAUGAAAUCAUCAACAAAAGCUUGGAGCAAUACCCAGUCACUGUGAAAUCUGAAUUCCUUGAAGAGCCAUACCAAAAACCAUUCAACUCCUACCCCUCAAACAUGGUGGAGUUGUCCAGCCAUCAAUACAACCCAACAAUAGUCAAUGAUUUGGUUAGCAAUCAACACAAAAAUCCUCCAGCCUACACAUGGCAUGCUCCUGGAUAUCAGAAAGAUGAAGCUGGCUUCAUCGUACAAAACGACAGUCGAUUUUACGAUGCUGCCGAUUCUCCUCACGUCGAUAGAGAAGUUUUACUUCGAUGAAAAAGUUGACUUUCAGUUAUCUGCACAGCUAUAUUUUAUUCUGUAACUUUGAAAUAAAUUGUACAGGAAAUAUUAGGGAUGCAUUGAAUAGGGAUUUUAUAAAAUUAAAAUUACUUUUUUAUUCAAUGGAAUUUUUGUUUUUCUUAAAUUUAUUUUAUUGACAAUAUAAACUUUAAACAUUCAAAAAAGAAAUUUAUUGAAGAAUUUUUCCAUAGCAACUGAAAUUAUUUUAUAUAACUAUUUAAAAGCAAAAAGUAUUUCUUCAGAAAAUUCGUAAAAGUAUUUUAAAUUGUUUUCUUAGUAAUUCAUUUCAUGGAAUAAGCUUAAAUGCCUUAUACAUGAAAAGUGGUGGCAGUCUUGCUGAUUUGCUAUUCUUGCAAAACAGUAUCAAGAUGUGAUAAAUUAAAUCAUUCAAUGCUAAUUUUCAAAAAUGUUUUUUUUUUUUUUAAUUCUUUUAAAAAACCUGAUUUUUAAAAUACAAUUAAACAGUUAAAAUAUAACUAUAUCAGGAAAAACAUUUAAAAUACUACUUUUAUUAAUAGUACAGCUCAAAUUCCCCUGAAUCGGGGAAUAAACAUUUUUAAUAAAUCAUGAUAUAAUAGAUAAAAUUUUUUAAAUUAUUUAGUAAGAAAAUCUCAAUUUUAGUUUAUUCUGUAAUAUUUUUUUUAAAAUAAUGAAUAGCAUUUUAAAGGUAAUUCUUCAAGAGCUAAUUGGAAAUUAACAAUUCUGGAGAAGUCAGUCUAAAUCUUUCUAUGAAAAUAGAUGGUUUUUUAGUAAUUACAUUUUAUUUUCAUUAUUUUGUUGAACUUACAAUUAGUUAAAAAUUCAAAAUUUUUAUUUUAUUAUAAAAGUUAUAAAAUAUUUUGCAAUAAGCUUUUUAAUGUAAAACAUUUUGAUCAUUCUUUUAUUUAAAAAAUAAAAUAAUCAGCUACAUUAAAUAAAUAUUUAGAGAAAAUUACUCAGAAUUAAAAAAUAAAAAUGCUUUUAUGACUAAGAAUAAAAAUUUUGUGCAUCCCUAGGAGGUAGUUUAUACGUACAACAGCUUGAUAUAUUUCUUGUUUAUCUGUAGCAUUUUUUGAUGAUGUGUAUACUUAAAUAUGCUGCUUAAUAUAUGCCUAUGAGCAAGUUUAUGUGGAAGUUUUCUUCCGUGCACGUCUUUAACCAAGAUAAAUUCUUCGUACUGUUGCUAAGAAUUAAAAUCAUCUGUUGUAUGAACAUAUCUGCUAUAGAAUUAGAAAAUAUCGACUGUAAUGUUUAAAAAAAAAAAAUUUUUUUUUCAUUUAAUGAACUCUUGUAUCAUUUAUUUCCUCUGAGUAUCCGAGCGGUUUUUCUUUUGUCAGAAAACCGGUUUUUCCCAUCUCAUUUAACAAGAAAAUAGUGUGGUGUAUCGCAGAGAAAUGUCAGUAAAAUUUUGCUCAGGGGUUCAACUCUUAGAGGUAAAAAUUAAUAAAAUUUAAAAAUGUUUUUUAUCUUAACUUUUGAAAAAUUAUAGCCGAAACUCAGGUAAUUGAAUUGGAAAUUAAAAGAAAUGCAGAUAACAUUUUUAAUUGUAAUUAACUUCUCUGUUUUAUGAUAUUCCCUCCAUUGGUUGCUUUAUUUACGCAACUGUAAAGCAAGUACUAGUCUCAAUAUAAUCUGCUGAAUCAGUUGUUCAGUUUUUGCCACUAAUGAAGACUUUUCCUUGCUAAUGCAUGAUAAUAGUUCUAGAAUGCAAUAGGAGAAACAAUUCGUUAGUGUUCUAAAUGGCUCUAAAAUUAAUGUAUUUCAUCAAUGAAUUGACUAUAUGUGUUUUCUUCAAUUUAGCAAUGUACUCCUAUGCUGUAAAAAUAUAUUAAAGCCUUGAUUAACUAGCUGAUUGUACAUUGUUGAGCAUAAUAUAUAUGUUACUAGCUAUGCUAGCAUUGUAGACAAUGCCUGGCAUUUUUGGGAUACAUAUUAUUAUUAUUAUGUAUUAGGAUAUACUUUACCAAGGCAUUGUAUACAAUAAUAAUUGCUCUUUAGACAACAUAUGGUUGGCAUAUAUAAAUCAUGAAGAUAAAAACAGUGAAUAAAUUUUUAUUUACUGUCUUUUCUUAGAAACUAAAAAAAAAUAAAGUUUCUUUCUUCAAAUAAUCAGUUUCAUGAUACAUAAAUUUUACUUUAACAUGCUUAUUUGGGUUUUAUUAAUAAUAUCUGGUAAGUAAAAAAGAAAGUGUAGGAAAUACUGGACAAGUUAUCUGAGCAGUGGCCCUUUACCUUAAAAAGAACAUUUUUGUAGGGAAUAUAUCAGAUAAUGGUCCCCAUAUCCCUGCCAGGUUAUUAUCUCAUUCAUUAUUGAUUUUACAUGGUGAUAUAUGCCUUUCUUAUUAAAGAAAGCAAAAUAAAAUAUGAAUCUAUUUUUUGCUUUCAGAAAUUACUUUCAACUAAUACAAGGAAUUCGUUACCAUGCUAGUAUGAUCUGAUAUUUCAUAUUUUAUUGGUUUGUCAUUUGACAGUGUAAUUGUAUACAGUGCCUAAGCAAUGUGGGAAAUGCUUAAUCCUUAUAUUCAAUCUGAAUUUGCUGACUUAGUAGCAUACAUAUGUAUAGAAUAGAGUGGGAUAUGACCAGGUAGCUAAUAUUCAAGGACCUGUUGGAGCUAAACUAUUUGACUUAAAAACUGAGAAAUUUAAUCAAGAUAUUUAUUGUUAGUUGUGUAAAAUAUAUCAUUUCUGAAAAGUCAUAGAUGUACUACUUUUUUUUUUAAUAAAUUAAUUUUUUUUUUGUAGAAAAAAAUAAAAUUACCUAGUCUUACCCAACUAGUGUGGUAAGACUGGGUACACAUGUUAACUCAUAAGAAAUCUAGAAAUACUAGAAAUUCAGUAAAAAAAAAGAACAAAUAUUUCUAUUUUUUAUGACAAAUUGAGAAAAGUAUGCAUGUAAUUUACAUGUGAUCUUGUCAAGACCAUACUCAUGGGAAGGGAAAGGGACAAUUAUCCCAAGGCUUCUGAGGGCCGGAUCAAAAUUCCAACCAAAAAAUGUUUCUUAAUUAGUUUCUUUGGAGGAAAAUUAUAGAGAAUUUCUUUUUAUAAAAAUUACAAUUUUGCAUAAAGAGUCUUCAAAAAUUCUACAAAAUAUGAAAAUAAGUUUUUUUUUUUUUGGUAUUUGAAGAAAAAGCCCAUAAUAAAUUUUGUUCUGGGACCUGUAAAACCUUUGUUCUGUCUCAGAUGUAGUUAUCUUCCUCUACAGUUCUGCAGCUUAUAUGCACAUCAAGGGGGUACCCGAACUUACCCUGACAGCAAAGGUUAUCGAAACAGAACAGUGCUAUUAUUGGACUGAGUUCUUGAUUGCUUGCUAGGGCAUGUAUAUUCAGUAAAUGGUAAAUAAGCUGGACUUAAUUUUUAUAACUCUAAAGUUAAUUAAAGAACUGACUUUGCAAAACAACCUUAUUAAUAAAAAAUACCCCAAUAUAGUAGAUCCUUGACUAGUAAAGUGUAACUCGGAGUUUCUCCUUUAGAAAACAGCCAGUUUCGACAUAAUCAAGAUACACGGUCUUACCCCACUCUUCCUUAUAUAUGACUGUUGUAUGUUUUCCUAUAAAUUUAGAUUUUAGUUAUGUUUCGAAUCAGUUUUUCAAUAUAUGCAAUACAAUAAUUUCAUAUCUUUUAAUGUCUCUCAAACAUCAACUUUUGCUGAACUUCAGAACUGUAAAUGAAAUGUUAAAGCUAUAUGUAUAUAUAUAUAUUAUUUUAAUGAGUUUUGUUUGAAAAAUUAAUUUAAAAAAAUUAUAUAUUUAUAAAGAUUAUUGUAACAUAAGAGAAUUUGUUUAUCAUGUAUUCUGGACCUAUAGUAACAUAAUUCCUAUAUGAUAUGUAUAUUUUUUGAAUAAUUUAUGCAAUGUGAGGGUUGUUGUCUUAUAAAAUGUAGCUAAAUAAAAUGUAAAAAUUGUAGUCAUUUUGAUUUUAAAUAAAUUUUGUUUCACAGUAAGAAAUAAAAAUAACUUAAAAGUAACAAUUGUAGGGGUUCACCCUUUUAUUGUAUAAAAUUAUUAAAAAUAACUCAAAAAUUAUAUUUAUUUACAAAUAAUUUUUUUUGUUAGUGAAUGAAUGUGUUCUGUGCAGUCUAGCUUUUUGGAAUCAUAGUCAUAGUGUAAUGUAACUUUUCAUACAUUAACAAAACCUUUUUAAUUUUUUAUAAUAUUUCAUGUUUGUGUUUUACAUUUUUAAAUUUAGUUUUUUCUUGAUAUUUUUGUUUUGAUGUUUCUUUUUUUGUUUUAUUGUACAGUACUACUGUAUUGUUACUCAAAAUAAGCAUGGUGCGUGGUAUAAAUGAGAAUGUUUGUUGUAAAUAUAAUUAUUUUGUCUAUAUAUGACCACUUGAAAACUUGUGUAUAUUUGUUGUGGAAUGUUCGGUUUCAAACGACUUUAUUAUAUUGGGAUAUGUAUUAUGAUCAGUAAAUGAGUGGCUGAAAAA